AUGGCGGAGCUAAAUCCUCUAAUUUCCCUGAAAUCGUCCGACUCGGGCCUCCAAAUCCUACUUCAUCCUCUCGUCCUCCUCAAUAUCUCAGAUCACGUCACCCGACAUUUUGCAAGACAGGAAAAGGGACCAAUUGUCGGGGCGCUAAUAGGACAGCAGAAGGGCCGGACCAUUAGCCUUGAGCAUGUAUUUGAAUGCAAUGUUGUAACCGCCUCAAAUGGAGACAGUGUACUUUCUGAGCCCUGGUUUGAAGAAAGACUACAACAAUGUUCGGUCCACUCUGCACCUAGUCGUUGUUCAAUAAGUGUUACUAACUGGUAUAUCAUUUUCGGUAUAGUUAGGGAUGUCCAUAAAGAUCCUCCGUUAGACCUUGUUGGAUGGUUCACCCUCACCCCGCCCACAGGUCCUACCGCUUCCCAAUUGCCUAUCCACGAACAUAUCCUCCAGAAAUUUAACGAAACAGCAGUCCUGCUUGCAUUUGAUCCUUCCGGGCUUGAAAACAACACGUCCCACACCACAGGGAAACUCCCUCUUACAAUUUACGAGUCGACAUAUGAGGAGGAUAGCAAUGCUGUUGACGGAGAUAAAUCGAUGCAAGUGGACGGACAACAACCCAGCUUGACACUGCGGUUUCGAGAACUGCCGUAUUAUAUAGAAACUGGGGAGGCAGAAAUGAUAAGUAUCGAUUUUGUUGCAAGAGGAGGAGGAAAUGCUACUGCUAUUGAGGCGAAUAGUGCCACUCCACAUCCCCUAGCAGUUGGCACUAAGAAACCCGUCGGCGACAAAGGCAGAGAUGCAUCGAAAAAGCUAGGGAAAACCCCUACUACAGAAGAGGUUUCUGCGCUUUCUAAGGAAGAUGAAGACCUGAUCGCCAAUCUAACCACCCGUCUUACUGCUGUCAAAACCCUCGAGUCACGCCUUCACCUCAUAAAAGUUUAUCUCUCCAGCAUCUCCACCCAACAGACACCAAAUACCCAAACACCAUCCACACCCACCUCUUUCCCGCAGAUCUCCCACUCCAUUUUGCGCAACAUCCGCUCCCUAAUUUCUCACUUGUCCCUCCUAACUCCACAACAGUCCGAUACAUUCUCAACUGAAUCCCUUGCGCAAGCCAACGAUGUUGCCAUGGUCGCGUUACUCGGUCAACUAGGCCAGAGUGUGCAGGAAAUCCGCGAGUUGGGCAAAAAGUUUACAGUUGUUGAUAGAGCUCGGCAACAUGCUGAAUCAGCGAUGGUAAUGAGUGGUACGCAUUCGAGAAUGGAUGAUUUCCUUCGCCAGCCGAUUUGA